UAGAACACAGCAUCUCCGGUAGCGUCACCGUAGGCCUCGCAAGUAAACUGACCUGCCUUCUCCGCUUUCCCCUCCGUCUCCGUCGGGAGUCGAGACAAAGGGUGCCAGAGUUAGUCCCAGCGCCGUGUCGCGAGCGGAAGGAGAAGGACUGAAGGAGGCGACGAUGCAGGUGAAGCAGAAGGUCUACGAGUUCUACAAAGGCACGGUGGAGCGGGUCACGGCCCCGCGCACCGUCUCCGCGUUCCUCGAGAAGGGCGUCCUCUCCGUCCCCGAGUUCAUUCUCGCCGGCGACAACCUCGUCGCCAAGUGCCCCACCUGGUCCUGGGAAGCGGGCGAUCCAAGCAAGAGGAAGCCGUAUCUCCCCGCCAAUAAGCAGUUCCUCGUCACCCGUAAUGUGCCCUGUUUAAGACGUGCCAUCUCGGUUGAGGAAGAGUAUGAUGCAGCAGGAGCAGAGGUGGUUCUCGAUGAGGAUGGCGAAGGCUGGCUUGCAACACAUGGAGUGCAAGCAUCAAAGCCGGAAGAGGAGGAAGACAUUCCCUCUAUGGACACCUUGGACAUAGGGAGAUCUGAUGGAAUAAAGUCUAUCCCCUCUUACUUUAGCGGUGGCAAGGAUGAAGAGGAGGAAGAUAUACCUGACAUGGAUACUUAUGAAGACACAGGGGAUAUUUGGCUGCUGCUGAACCAUCAUUAA